AUGCCUUCUCAACCUCCACCCUCGUAUCCCAAACUAGGUUACCCACUGCCUGAUCAAGAUCCUUAUGGCAUCAGUGUUUACCUCCCCACCUGGCGUGACACGCUGGGCUGGGCGAGUCGAGACCCUGCUGUGCUAGCGCAGCUGAAGACGGGUUAUCCGAGAUUCUUCAUUCCCCAUGUGGUGCGUGAGCUUGCAUCACGAUUGCUGCAGAAAGCCAAUCCAUUGUUAUCGGAUGCUCGGAUCGAUCAAUCAGAGGUUUGUGCGCUUCUGAUCGCAGGCCAUAGAUCGGCUUUGGAAUGUCAGGCAUACUUGCAGCGCUGUGGAAGUACGGAGAGUGUUGUGCUUCAUGCUACUUUAGCUGGAUCGAUUCAGAUGGUUUCACGGAGUCAAACACUCACUAAGGACAGUGUUAGCUACGACGAGCUUUAUUUAAUCACCCAUCCGGAAGAUCUGGCUUUGGAGGCAAAGGCAUUCUGGCAACACACUGGAUCUGGUAUUUCCAGCCGAUGCGCUGUCUACUGGUUGGAGUAUAAUUCCCCCAUGCCAAGGGAAAUCCCAAUGAAAGAGGCGGUUAAGGCAAUGUCUAUCCUCCACGAUCGAAUCGCUUCAUCGUUUAGUACAGACUCUAUCAAGGUUGCUCCUAGCGACGUGAUUCUAUACCCAACCGGCAUGUCUGCCAUCAGCCAAAGCGCAAAGGCCAUUCAAGACUGGCGUGGGAGAAAUGACAUCCGGGUUGCAGUGUUCGGCUUCCUCUAUGUCGACACCUUCAAAGUCCUAAGCAGGAUCCACGCCAUCGACUGCGUCCUAUAUGGCCAUGCAUCCUCCCAAAACCUAACUGCUCUGGAAAAUGACCUCGAAAAUGGAAUGAAGAUUGACGCUCUGUACACCGAAUUCCCCGGAAACCCCCUCCUCAACUCCGCAGAUCUGGACUAUCUCCACCAAUUAUCUACCCGCUAUGGAUUCCUCCUAGUAGUUGAUGAUACAGUCGGAACCGCUACCAACCUCGCUCUCUUCCCCAGCUGUGAUGUCAUCUGUACCAGUCUCACUAAGAUGUUCAGCGGUGGGUGUAAUGUGAUGGGCGGUAGUACAGCUCUCAACCUAAAGUCACCAUGGUAUAAUGAGAUACGACAGGCUUUUUCCCAGCAGCCCAACGAGCCAUACUUCCCACUCGACGUCCUCGUCAUGGAAAAGAAUAGUCGUGAUGUCGCCAACCGCGUUCGAAAGGCAAGCUCUAAUGCAGAAAACCUCGUCAACAUUCUUCGCUCCCACCAAACUGUCUCUGAAGUAUUCUAUCCAAAGGGUAUCGCAUCACAAUCCGUGUACGAUCGAUUCAAACGCCCAGGCGCCGGGUAUGGGUUCUUACUUUCGAUAACAUUUAGAACACCGUCCGCUGCGAAGGCUUUUCACGAUGCAUUACAUGUCGCCAAAGGGCCUAGUCUAGGGGCAAAAUUUACAUUAUGCUGUGCGUAUACGCUACUGGCACAUUUCAAAGAGUUAGAAUGGGCAGCCCAGUUUGGGGUUCAUGAGCAUUUGGUGAGGAUUAGUGUUGGUGUUGAGGAUCUGGAAUUGCUGAAAACUUUGACCUGUAACGCUCUAGAUGCAGCGGCCGCAGCAGCAGCAGCCGAAUAA